UCCCCUUAUAAAUACAACAAAAGGCUGAGUAUUGAUAAUUCCAUUGUGUAUCUUCCCAUGGCCAGUUUCAGUGAUCAGGAUGAAGUAGUAAGGUCCGUGUCUGAAGCCCCGCCAACGCAUUACACGGUGAAGAUAGAGUCUUUCUCUCUGCUUGCAAAGCAUUCCAUAGACAAGUACGAAACCGAGAGCUUCGAAGCAGGAGGCUACAAAUGGAAACUGGCCCUCUACCCAAAUGGAAACAAGAACAAGAAUGUGAAAGACCAUGUCUCUCUUCACUUGGCCCUGGCGGACACCGGUUCUCUGCGUCCCGGGUGGGAGGUCUGGGCCGUCUUCCGCCUGUAUUUACUCGAUCAAAACAAAGACAGCUAUACAAUCCUACAAGGGAACGAGAGGCGGUUCCACACGCUGAAACGCGAAUGGGGAUUCGACAAAUUCAUCUCGAUCGGGGAAUUCUACGAUGCAUCUAACGGCUUCCUCUUGGAAGACACCUGCGUGUUAGGGGCCGAUGUGUUUGUCUCCAAGGAGAGGAGCAGCGGAAGAGGAGAAUGUCUGUCGAUGAUCAAAGACCCUUCUAGCUCCAAGCAUGUUUGGAGGGUCGAUAAUGUCUCCAAGUUGGACAAAAACUGCUAUUUCUCGGACGCCUUCUUCUCCGGAGAUAGGAAAUGGAAAAUACAGUUGUAUCCUAAGGGAACUCGACAAGGAACGGGCAGCCACGUUUCGGUCUAUUUGGUGUUGGCUGAACCAGAAACGCUUCCUGUCGGUACCAAACUGUUCGCAGAGUUCACCAUUCGCAUGUUCGAUCAGUUGCAAGGCAGGCACAUCGCCGGCAAAGCGACAAACUGGUUCAGCGAGAAGAGGAAAGAGAACGGUUGGAUGAAGUAUGUGUCGGUGGGUUACUUCAAUCAGCCGAGCAGUGGCCUCUUGCUUAAAGACGUCUGUCUCCUUGAAGCUGAUGUCUGCCUCCAUGGAAUUGUUGCCCCCCUCUGAAGAAAAAAUUCAUCAUCAUUGUACAUGACAACAUUGUAUCUGUCAUAUGAAAAUUCCCAUUAUUCAAUCAA